UGUUGAGUGGAUAACUAUACUCUCCCCUUAAGAGGAUUUUAAACCCCAAGGAUCAAAAUCCGAAAUCUGAGCAAAAUCCUCCCAUGUUGCUUCUUUUGGUCUCAAAUUUGCCCACUGGAUCAAUAGUUGCAUGAUGGUUCAAUUGUGACAUUUCACGAGUAUCGGGUACCAAGGCAAGGUAAAUUUUGGGUUGUCCGUCAGUUUUCAUUUCCAGUAAGUCUCUGCAAGUUACUCCCUUCUCUCCAAUUGAGCCUAUAGAACCGAAAAAUCCCCCCAUGUUGCUUCUUUUGGUCCCAAAUUUGCCCACUGGAUCAGUAGCUUCGUGAUGGCUCAACUGUGACAUUUCACGAUUUGAGUAUCUGGUAGCAAGGCAAGGUAAAUCUUGGGUUGUCCGUCGGUUCUCCUUUGCAUAGGAUCUGUAAUACCUGGCUGCUAGCUUUAGGUUCUUCUUUAGGGCAACCGACGUUCGCUUGUACGAUUAGAGUUUCAGACAAUCGACAAAAGGGUCAGCGUUGGCGCGGGGAGUGCGUGGUGAGUUUUGGAGGUAAAAAGCCAACAAUUUUCAACAUGCCUCGUUACAAAGAAGAUCCGCCAGCGGUUCGCGUCUAUACAGUCUGCGACGAAUCCAGAUAUUUGAUUGUGAGGAACGUUCCCGCGUUGGGAUGUGGCGAUGAUUUGCUGAAACUCUUUGCUAAUUACGGAGACGUUGAAGAAUGUAAACCAAUGGAUGCAGAAGAUUGUGAGCAAUUUACUGAUGUUUAUUGGAUCAAAUUUCGACUCAUUAGCAAUGCCAGGUUUGCGAAGAGAAAAUUGGACGAGUUUGUGUUCUUGGGGAAUCAUUUGCUGGUCUCAUAUGCUCCUCAAUUUGAAAGCCUUGAUGACACCAAAGAUAAGUUAGAAGGCAGAAGGAAAGAAAUCCUUGCAAGAUUGAAUUCUCAAAGAUCUAAAGGGCAUCCAGUUCAUCGCGUGCUCUCUUCCAAUGAGGCUCCAUCACUUCCUGCUUCAUCUCAUCAUAUUCCUAACCAGAUUAAUAAUCGACUGAGGGAUGUUGGGGAUGCAGAGUUCAGGUCUCACAGUAAUAAUGCUCGAAUAACAAGAGUGUCAUCUGACAAGGACUACUUCCCUUCCCAGUCAAUGAAUCAGACGGUUAAAACGGUUAGGGACAAACUCAAGAAGAUUCAAUCAAGCACUGAACAUUUGCAAGCCGGACCUACACCCAAGAAAACACGAGUGGACAAUAGAAGAAGAAUCUGAUCAACCUUACCAUUAAGACAUGCUUAUCUACAAGUUAGUCUUUCUAGUUUUUGUUAAAUUCGCUCUAAUGAAAUAGAGAAGGAAUGGAAUGGUAUUCGGUGGGAAUUGAAUAGAGAUAUUAUGCAAUUUGGUUGGGUGGAAUGUAAUAGAUGAGGAAUAGAGUAAUACAUUGUUUGGGUUACAGAAUAUGCAAAGAAUAAACAAAAUGUCAAUUUUAUCCUUUAUUAUAAAAUCAUAUUUUAUUUUAAAA